UGCCAGCGUCGAAGAGGCCGUGUCGCAUGGUUUAUUGAGAAAUAAUUGUUGCCAUGGCAGCGGGCUUCGUCGGUUCGACGAAAAGCUUUCCAUUCUCCUUUGAUGUCGACGUCGACGAGGAGGAACACAGUAGGAGCACACCUCAUCUUAAUAAACGAAUAGGUAGUGAGAGCCCAACAAGUGCAGUAGGGGCGGAGGCGCCUCGGGAGCUUCCAAAUGAAUUGUCGGCGCCCUACGAGGUGCCACAGUUCCCUAUUGAACAAAUUGAAAAGAAGCUUCUCAUACAGCGACAACUCAAUGUCAAGGCUGCAGAAUGUGGGCAGUCAGCUCGCUCGUUCGCGGGUAGCGAGGCUGGCGGAGCGGUGUUUGAAGAAGCCGCCCGCCUAAGAGCUGAUGAUGAUGACAUGGACGUCAUCCUUCCUCACUUUCAGCGAGUGGCCAUCAGCGGAGAAGAUACCUCCGGGGUCCCGCUAGAAGACUUGCAGCAAGCCUCCUCCUACCUGGUGCAAGCUUUAGAAAUCCGCAAGCGAUACAUGGAUAUCUCCAACCAGACGUUCUGCAGCAUCACGGCGCGAUUCCUCAGAUCAAUAGACCCGGAAGCUGCAGCUAACCAUACGCCGAUUGUUAAAGCACCUCAAAGACAUAUAGCUGAUCACAUAGUCCAUCCCCCUUUCAAAGACAACAAAGACCCGUGGGAAUGUCCAAUGCCGGACGCUAAAAACUAUAAAAUCAAGUCGGAUGGCGGAGUCUUCAACCUGUACAGGGACGAGGAGUGCAAAGACAGAGUGCCAUACGAGUACGUCACCCUGACCCAGUACAUACAGGACAUGAAUGUUAUGUGCACGAUGAUCGCUGAUGGACCAUUGAAAUCGUUCUGCUACCGUCGCCUGAGUUACCUAUCAUCCAAGUUCCAGUUACACGUACUUCUAAAUGAGUUACGUGAACUCGCGUCACAAAAGGCCGUUCCGCACCGGGACUUUUACAAUAUCCGCAAAGUAGACACACACAUACACGCGGCAUCGUGUAUGAAUCAGAAGCACUUACUUCGCUUUAUUAAAAAGACACUGAAAAAUCAUGCUGACGAGGUGGUGACACUCCACAAAGGUACCCCGAUGACCUUAAAGGCUGUAUUCCAAUCUAUGAAUCUUAGCACAUACGAUCUUACCGUUGACAUGCUCGACGUACACGCAGACCGCAACACGUUUCACCGAUUUGACAAGUUCAACGCUAAAUACAAUCCUAUCGGGGAAAGCAGACUUAGAGAAGUUUUCCUCAAAACUGACAAUUUCAUGAAUGGAAAAUAUUUCGCUAGGAUAAUUAACGAAGUUGCAUCAGACUUAGAAGAGAGUAAAUACCAGAAUGCAGAGCUCCGUCUGUCCAUAUACGGGAAGAGUCCCACAGAAUGGGCCAAGUUGGCCAAAUGGGCGAUACAGUAUGACGUACACUCCAAUAAUGUACGCUGGCUGAUACAAAUACCACGGUUAUAUGAUAUUUUCAAAUCAAACAAGAUUAUGAACAACUUCCAAGAGUUCUUGAGUAACAUUUUCGAGCCUCUGUUUGAAGUGACCAGAGAUCCCAAUAGCAAUAUUGAGCUUCACAAAUUUCUUACGCACGUAGUCGGAUUCGAUAGCGUGGACGAUGAAUCGAAACCGGAAAAUCCGAUGCUAGACCCGGACGUCCGUGUGCCCCAGCAGUGGGAUGACGAGGAGAAUCCGCCCUACGCCUACUACCUUUACUACAUGUACGCUAAUAUCACCGUGCUGAAUCACUUCAGGAAGGAACAGGGUCUGAACACAUUUGUGUUACGACCUCACUGUGGUGAAGCCGGUCCAGUGCAACAUCUCGUAUGUGGGUUCAUGCUUGCGGAGAACAUCUCGCACGGAUUGCUCUUGAGGAAGGUGCCAGUUCUGCAAUACCUGUACUACUUAGCCCAGAUCUACAUCGCAAUGUCUCCUCUGAGUAACAACUCCCUCUUUCUCAAUUAUCAUCGCAAUCCGCUUCCGGAGUUCCUGGCUCGUGGCCUUUGCAUCACACUCAGUACUGAUGACCCGCUGCAGUUCCACUUCACCAAGGAGCCUCUAAUGGAGGAAUACAGUAUUGCGGCGCAGGUGUGGAAGCUCAGCUCGUGUGAUAUGUGUGAGCUCGCACGGAACUCGGUGCUCAUGUCGGGCUUCCCGCACGAGAUGAAACAAUACUGGCUGGGCCCCACCUACACAAAAGAGGGUGUGGCCGCGAACGAUAUAACUCGUACUAAUGUACCGGAUAUCCGUAUCUCCUUCCGAUAUGAGACUAUACUCGACGAACUGACCAAUAUAUUCAAGGACGGGAUAUCGACUCGCUGAGACUGGAUGGGACAACUGUUUUUGUUAUCAUUUUGUUUAAUCUACAAAGAGCAAUAGAUUAAAAAUUAACGUUUUAAGACCAUAAAAAAAGAAUAAUUUUGUUUUGUUACGUAUUUGCUAAUUUUACAUUUAAUUCAUUUAUGAAUGUUAACUCAUUCAUUGUGUAUGUAUUAUUAAUAUAGUAUUAGUAAUAUUCACUCAAUAUUAUUAGGUAAAAAACAUACUAUUGAUCUACUGCUCUUAAUAAAUGACGAUUUUCUAACUUCUGUAGUUUUGGAUAUUUUAUAUAUUUCAUCUAAUCCACUUAAUUGUUAAUCAAUGUUAAUUUCAUACCGGAUUUCAAUCGUAUUGAUUUAAGAAAACUCAUCCUGCUUGGGGUACUUUUUGGGGUGAUACUGAUGUGAUAAUGAGGUGCGAAUCAUUAAUAAUCAUUUAAAAGCCUUCAAGAAUCUAAAUGGACCUUGUGAUCAUUUCAAUGAUAUUGAAUAAUUUUUGUAAUCCUCAUUAUAACACAUUGGUCAUUGCCUAUUUGUCAAAUUUUGGCUUAGGUUAAAAGAUGUAAUCUUAUAUGAUCAUAUAUAAAAACUAUAUUUAGCGUCUAUAUAUGGGCUAUUAAUUGUAUUCUGACAGUGUUUUAUUAUAACCUAAUUUAAGGGAUAUAAACUUAUAGACUAUUAUUUCGUGUCAAAUGGCGAAAUUAGUUAACAUUAACAAUUUGUUGCAGUCUCCCGCUGAACGGAGACUGUAGAAUAAAUAUUUUUCUAAAUUCAAAGAGUAUGUAUUGUAUGUAUGUUUUAAAUGUGCUAAUGUGUGUCUAAAAGGCUUAUGUUCCCGUUUGUAUUGCAUGGUUUUACGAACAUUGCGUUGACUAAUUAUAAUCUCCUGAGACAUAUCUGAUUUCAUUAAAAUAAAUUUUAUAAAACAUGUUUUCAGUACACAUUACUUGUUUUGAUUU